AUGACGAUGGACAAGCGCGUGGUGAUUAUCGGUGCCGGCAUCGUGGGCACAAACCUGGCUGACGAGCUCGUCUCGCGGGGGUGGACGAACAUCACUGUCGUGGAGCAAGGACCGCUUCGCAUGCCCGGUGGCUCGACUUCACAUGCUCCUGGUCUGGUGUUUCAGACCAAUGCUUCCAAGAGCAUGACCGAGUUCGCCAAAUACACCGUCCAGAAGCUCCUGUCCAUUGACUGCUUCAACCAGGUGGGCGGCCUCGAGGUCGCAACGACGGCGGAGAGAAUGGAGGAACUUCAGCGCAAGCACGGCUACGCCACGUCCUGGGGCGUUGAGACGCAGCUCCUGACCACGGACGAAUGCGUCGCGCUCUAUCCGCACCUGAGCGAAGACGUCGUCUUGGGCGGUUUCCACAUCCCGAGUGAUGGUCUCGCGCUCGCAGCGCAGGCUGUCCAGCGCCUGAUUGAGCGCACUCGCAAGGUGGGCGUUCAGUAUCUCGAGCACACGCCUGUCACUGGCUUUGUCAAGGACGACGACACCAUCACAGGGGUGAUCACACCCAAUGGGACGAUUCAGGCAGACAUUGUCUGCUCUUGCGCUGGCUUCUGGGGCGUCGAAGUGGGCGCACUGGCAGGCGUGCCCAUCCCUCUUCAGCCCAUGGCCCAUCAGUACGUCAAGACGACUGCCGUGCCCAAGCAAAAGGGGCGCAACCCAGAGCCCAACGGCGCCACACUACCCAUUCUGCGCUACCAAGACCAGGACUUGUACUAUCGAGAGCACGGAGACCGGUAUGGAAUCGGGUACUAUGGUCACAAACCCAUGCCCGUCACCGCAGCGUCUCUGGGCCCGACGGCAGAGAACGUGAGUGAGAGCAACAUGCCCUCACGACUAGCAUUCACCCCGCAAGAUUUCGAGCCAGCAUGGAAGCUCACACAGGAGAUGCUCCCCGCGCUGCGCGACAGCGAGGUCGCAGAGGGCUUCAACGGCAUCCUGUCCUUCACCCCGGACGGCGGGCCCCUCGUGGGACGCGCCCCCAACCUGGAGGGCUUCUAUGUCGCCGAGGCCGUCUGGGUCACCCACUCGGCCGGUGUCGCCCGCUCCCUCGCCGAGGUCCUGACGACGGGCAAGUCCACGAUCGACCUGUCGGGCGCCGAGCUGUCUCGGUUCGAGGACAUUCAGCUCGCGCCCGAUUACGUGACCGAGACCUCCUCGCAGGACUUUGUCGAGGUCUACGACAUUAUCCACCCCCUGCAACCCAGGGAGUCUCCGCGCGACCUGCGGGUGACGCCCUUUCACGCUCGACAGAAGGAACUGGGUGCCUUCUUCCUGGAGGCGGGUGGCUGGGAACGGCCGCAGUGGUACGAUGUUAACGCCAAGCUUCUCCGAGACCUCCCGCCCCGGUGGCAGCCACGCGAGCGCGACGCCUGGUCGAAUAGGUUCUACUCGCCCACCACGGCCGUCGAGGCGUGGAAGACGCGCACGGCCGUCGCAAUGUACGACCAGAGCCCCAUCCGCCGCAUCGAGGUGUCUGGACCGGGCGCAGAGAGCUUGCUGCAGCGCCUCGCGACGGGCGAUGUGUCCAGGGAUGCUGGUACGAUCACUUUCGCGUUGAUGCUGGAUGACCACGGUGGUGUUCGCAGCGACGUGUUUGUCGCGCGGCUCGCAAAGAACCUGUAUCAGCUGGGCGCGAACGGCCCUACGGAUGUGGCCUACUUGACACGGGAAGCUCGCUUGCAAUCGUCGACCGAUCCCCGACGCUUCGCGCAAGUGCGUGAUAUCACCGGUGCCACUUCCUCCAUUGGACUCUGGGGACCUCGCGCCCGGGAGGUCAUGGGGUCGUUGAGCUCGGACAAGCAGCUCGCUGACCUUUCACCCAUGAGGGUCACGCGGACACACAUUGCGGGACUGCCUGUCUUGAUGCAGAGCAUCUCUUUCCUGGGUGAAGCUGGGUGGGAGAUUCAGACCAGCGCCGAGAACGGUCUGCGGUUGUGGGAUGCAGUGUUCCAGGCUGGUCAAGGUCAUGGCAUCGUCGCUGCAGGACGAGGUGCGUUCAACGCUCUGCGCAUGGAGAAUGGCUUCCGUUCAUGGGGCGCCGAUGUGACCACCGAACACAACCCGUUCGAGGCUGGGUUCGCUGAUGCGGUGGACACCUCCAAGGCAGACUUUGUCGGUCGUGCUGCGCUGGUGCGGCUGUCCAAGGCGCCUCUGACCAGACGUAUUCGCUGUUUGACACUGGAGACCGCGGGGACGGUGAUGAUGGGCAAGGAACCGGUCUACCUUGACGGACAGGCGGUCGGGUACGUGACAAGUGCAGCCUUUGCGUACACGGUCGGCAGGCCGAUUGCGUUUGCCUACCUGCCGAAUGAAGUCAGAGAAGGGUCGAGAGUCGAGAUUGCGUAUUUUGGGAGAAGGCAGCUCCAUGCUACGCUCCAGUUCCCCCGCGUGGACGGCAUUGGCAAGUUCUAG